CAUUUCUUUGGUAUCAACACUUGUUCCAUUUUAUUAAAUUAAACGUUAUUAGGGUUAUUUCGUUCUGAUGGGUUUUGUAUGACCCUUUGUUUUAUUGGAAUCCUUAUCUUCUGUCUUGACAUGGAGGUACUACGUAGAUUCAUCACCGGAACUGCGUUCCUAUUACUGUCUAUGGCUUUUGCCGCACAUAAUCCACAUCGCAAGCAUCGCCACAGGUUUCAAAGUUUUUCUAAUGGCGUCAUGCUGCAGAAGGGAUCGGUUGAAAAGAACCCACUUUCUGGCGGCGGUUCGUCAAUGAAGUUUGUUGCAACUGUUACUCCCCCCGUGUCUGUUAAGGAAGUCAAGGCAUCUCCCAAAGAGGAUGACUCGCCUUCUGUGACUACUGAGGACAUUAUGCGAGGACGCGCCUCCGUUGACUUUACCAAGUACCCUGAGUAUGCACAGCUCCAGCCAAAGAAGAGUCUUAUUGGUGCUAUAGUUAUAUUUGCCUUGUACUUUUUGGCCACUGUGGUCUACAACUAUAUUCGAAAAGUUGCUGAGAAAGACCGUGUUGACAAGGCGUUGCGCGAGUACGAAGAGGAGAAGGAGCAUUACAUUGAGACUGGCGAGACAGCUGACGUCGUCGGUGACGCUGUAUAGGUGUGUAUCGUUUUUUGGCAUUUGACCCAUGUC